AUGGCCAGUCAGACUCUUCUGUACAUGAAACUCGCCUUAUCUGUGUUGAUAGUCCUCUGUGCUGCGAUGGUCGGGUACCACGUCUUCAUGAAACAAGACUACAUGGAGAAAUCUCUGAAACAAGUACCCACUGAGGUAACUCGUGACCCCGAUGACGUCAGAUUGUCUGGGGUCAUUCCUCGCAACAGCUCGACGGUUGAAAGGAAACUAAUCAAAGACAUUGACAAUGAGUCCAGAGAUAUCGAUACUGGUCAAGUUCGACGCAACGGAGUAAUCGAAGAGGUUGGAAUCGAUGAGCGCAUGAUAGGUUUGGUCACUGCGGAUCCAAGAGAACUCAUGAAUCGGACGGUAAUAGUGACUGCGAUAUCGCAGAAUCAUUUGAAGGAAUCGAUGGGAAUGAUCGCCAGCGUGCAGGAAUUCCUGCCGAACACUAGAAUCGUAAUGUACAACCUUGGACUCAAUACAGCAGGUAUCCAACAGGUAAAUACAGAGAGAUUAUUGGAGAUGGACCUGAUCGAGGUUUAUAAGAUCCUCAACGGCUUGGAAGGCAUUGAGGAGAGCAAGCUCUUCCAGAGACAUGACAACCCAUUCCAAGAGACAUUGGAUGAAUUUGGUGUCAUCUUUUGGUGCGAUGCAUCAGCACGUUACCAGCAGGAUCCACUGGUCCUCUUCUCUCUGCUCAAGGAGCAGCAAGGCUUCAUGAGACGAAUCAUGGAGUUCAAAUCCAACAAGAUGUUGGUAAGAACCCAUCCGAAGAUGUUCGAAGCCAUAGGCAUCGACAGGGAGCAGUUCCGUGCAGAUGCCGGCUACGCAAUGUGCUUUGAGGCCAACCGACUGUUGUUUGUAAACAGCGCCCUCGUGCGGACAAAAAUCAUCGGACCCUGGGUGGACUGUGCGAUGAACAUGGCGUGCAUCGCCCCAAAAGGUAGUGUGCUAGCGCAAAACCAGAAAGGUCCUCAGCGGUACACGCACCGCUUUGAUCAGGCCGCGCUUGCCCUGGUCGCGUACAAGAACAUGAGAGGUGUCUGGAAUGCGAACAACGACCGGUCAGAACUCUUCCACGAGGUGGUCGGGCUGUCGCGAUCUGCAGCUGGAUCUGAAAAGGUACAAUUCUGUAAAAGCUGAAUGGGGUCGAACAUCAAAAUAAUAUUCACUAUCCUUUCGGCCAAAAAAAAGU